UGUUUUUGCAUUUAUUAGGAUACAGCUUAUCAUCCAUGUCGGAUUUGCACCUAAAAAUGGCGAACCUUUUUGAUAUACAUGCUCCAUUGGUGGGCUUUUAGAGAGAGAAGGAGACAAGAGAGAGAAGAGAGAGAGUAAACAAAAUGAAGUUGAACUGGAAACCAUGGUGGUGGUUCUUUCACAAACACCACCAACUGAUUGUGAAAUUGUCUGUUUCGAUUCUCUUACUGGGUCUCACUCUCAGACUUCUCUUCUCCAAGUCAACUGGGUUUUCGAAUGUCGCUGAAACUCCAUUCAUUGAGAAGACAAUGAGCUCAGAACCACCAGUUUUGAUCGAUUCUUCUCCUAUUGAGAAGACAAUGAACCCAGAACCACAAGUUUCUGUCGAUUUUAUGGAAGAUUCAGAUCAGAUUCCUCGAAGUGAAAAAUUAAAAGCAGAAAAGUGUGAUCUUUUUACUGGCGAUUGGAUCCCAAACCCAUCUGGUCCUGUUUACAGUAAUGAGAGUUGCCAUUUAAUUGAGAGUCAUCAGAAUUGUCUGAAGAAUGGGAGACCGGACACUGGGUAUUUGUAUUGGAGGUGGAAUCCACGAGAUUGUGAGCUUCCCCAAUUCGAUUCAGAGAAAUUUUUGGAGUUGAUGAGGGAUAAGACGUGGGCAUUGAUUGGCGAUUCUAUAUCUCGAAACCAUGUUCAGUCCUUGCUUUGCUUGCUCUCAGAGGUGGAACCAGCUAUUGAAGUUUACCACGAUGCAGAAUACAGAUCCAAGAGAUGGCACUUUCCCUAUUACAACUUCACUAUCUCAGUCAUUUGGUCCCCAUUCCUUACAAAAGCUGCUAUUUUCGAAAACUAUGACGGUGUUUCAACAUCUGAAAUUGAGCUACAUCUUGACAAACUUGACACGACAUGGACCGACCUAUACGAGGGCUUGGAUUACAUGAUAUUUGCAAGCGGUAAAUGGUUUAUCAAAACCGCAAUCUACUACGAGAAUGACAUAAUAUUGGGCUGCCAUUACUGUCCCAAGAGAAAGCUACCAGAGCUUGGUUUCAAUUUUGCCUACCGCAAAGUCCUCAAGAACUUGUUCAACUUCAUCAUCACAUCCAAUCACAAAGGAAUGAUUUUUUAUCGGACGACCUCUCCCGACCACUUCGAGAACGGGGAAUGGUUCAGUGGCGGAACUUGCCGUAGGACAACACCGGUCAAGGAAGGCGAGUCUCAGUUAAACUCAUUGAUCAAAAUUCUACGCGAUGUUGAAUUGGAGGAGUUUGACAAGGCAGCCGCCAUCGCUUCUGAAAAGGGUGUGAAUCUUAAACUACUUGAUUUAAUGGAGCUGUCGUUAUUGAGACCGGAUGGGCAUCCUGGUCCUUAUCGGCACGAUCACCCAUUUUCGAAGAACAAAAACGCUAAAGUUAUCAACGAUUGUCUGCAUUGGUGUUUGCCCGGUCCGAUAGACACUUGGAAUGAUUUCCUCAUGGAGAUGAUUGUAAAUGGUUGAGAGGAUUAACAAUUUAACAUACCCUUGUGAAUUUUAUCAGUUUCUUUAACGGCAUGCUAGUCUGAUGGUCACACGUCGAGCUUUUUAUAUUGGAUUUUGCCAGUCUCUGCUUACAAAUUUUAUCAGCAGUCGGAGAAAUUGAAGUUGAUUGUAUCUUCUUAUUUUGUAAUUUUAAGUUCCCAAAAUGUUAAAUUUCACAUUGAAUGUCUAUCUCCACUUGUAUCAAAAUUUAAGAGCAUUGAAGGGCUUGGCUACUA